CCGCGAGCGGGGAAAGUGCCCAAAGGGAGCCGGGAAGAAGCAUUUAAGGGGGGGUUUACGAGGCGCCUGGCUGGGUGGCACAGCAUCCCUCCAAGAAUCCGUCGGACCAACUUUCUUCUUGUGUGCCGUGCUCUCGCUAACUACCACCUUGUUCCAAAUGCCGGGCCUCGGCCUCCUCCUCGGCGCACUGCUCGUCUUGGGCGCCACCUACCUGCUUGUUAGGCGCCAGCCGCGACGCCCCCUCCCUCCCGGACCGAAGCCGGUGCCUCUGCUCGGGAACCUGCAUCAGCUUCCCAAGAGCCUCCAGUGGCUCCAUCUGUACCACUGGAGCAAGAAGUAUGGCCCGGUGAUGCACUUGAGCAUGGGUGGUCAGCCCUUGGUCAUCUUGUCGACACAUCAAGCCGCCCACGACCUGCUCAACCGGCGUAGCGCUCGGUACUCGGACCGGCCACGCAUGGUAAUGGCUGGCGAACUGGUGACCAAGGGCAUGCACAUGCUGCUCCGCCCAUACGAUGAGCGGUACCGUUUGCACCAGAAGAUGGAGGCGCCGCUUCUGACCCCCCGGGCCGCCAGCUCGUACCGACCGCUCCAGGACCUCGAGUCCAGGCAGUUGCUCUUCGACGUGUUGGGUGAGUACGGCGAGGUUGGGUCCAAGGGUGUGGACUUCCACCACCACUUCGAGCGCGCCAUGGCCAGCUUCAUCUACUGCGUGAACUACGGCUAUCGCCUGCGCACAGGCUACGAGAAGGAGCUCAUGGACGGCAAGCGUGUGCAGGCCGAGUUCGCGCGGACAGGCCAGGUCGGCGCCUACCUUGUUGAUUCGUUCCCGUCCCUCAACCUGCUUCCCAAGGCCCUGGCGCCCUGGAAGAAGGAGGCCGAAGAGCUGUACGAGCUCGAGAGGCAGCUGCACGUUGGAAAUCUCGACAAGGGCUUGAACAAUCCCGGCUGGAAUUUUAGCAAAUACAUGAAGAACUCCCCCGAGGCCCAGGACAUGCCUACCGAGGAGCUCGCGUUCGAUCUCGGCAUCCUGGCCGACGCUGGUCUCGACACGUCCACAGUGGCGCUCGACUGGUUCAUCGUCGCCUGGAUCACGUCCGGCUCACGAUGGGUUCCCAAGGCCCAGAAGCUCCUCGACGAGGUGGUCGGCAGGGACCGGCUACCGUCCUUCGAAGACCGCCCCAAGCUGGCAUACAUCGAUGCGAUUGCGAGCGAGACUCUCCGUUGGCGUCCUGUUGUCGUAGGGGGUGUGCCACACUUCACUAAGACCGAAGACACCUACAUGGGUUACCACAUCCCGGCCAACUCCAUCGUGCUUGCCAAUGCGUUUGCCAUCACGCGUGACGAGUCUGUGUUUGGGGACGAUGUCGACAACUUCAUCCCGGAGCGCUGGAUGGCCGACGAGCAAGGCAAGGCUCCAUCCAUUGAUGUCUGCGGCAUGAACGUCACCGCGCUGAAGGACCUGCCCCAGACAGGGUUUGGGUUCGGCAGGCGCAUUUGCACCGGCCGCAUCAUCGCCCGCAACCAGCUGUUCAUCCAGAUGGCACGCAUGCUAUGGGCCUUCGACGUCGAGGCGGGGGUUGACGAGGCCACCGGCCAGAGGCGCAAGGUCGACGACAUGGACUGCACCGAGGGCUUCGUUACGUUGCCUAAGCCCUUCAAGGCCGAGAUGCGUCCGCGCGGAGACUGGGUGCGCGAGGUGAUCCUGCGCUCCGGCACCACUCACGGUGUAGACCACGCCGAGAUACUCAACCAGGCAAGCAGGGAGCGGGCGUGAGAGGGGCGCGAGUUUGCGUUGGCCAUCGUGUCGCCAAAUUGGUCUAGGCGUAAGGGUGUGUGUGCGUCUGGGUUUUGUGGCGCCUUUCCAGUUG